GUCCGAAGUCUUCUAGCCCAGUUUAUUUAAUACCCAUCUUCAUCUCCCGGCCGGAGUUAAACCCUAGAAUCACUGAACACCAUUGGCAUCUACUCUUGUCAUGGCUAGGAAGCGGAAACUCGAAUCUGAACAGCCCAAUCCUAAGGAAGAAUCGGAAGAUGAUGAUGCAGAAGCAUCUACUCCUGCCAUGGCUAGGAAACGGAAACUCGAAUCUGAAGAGCGCAAUCCCAAGGAAGAAUCGGAAGAAGAUGAUGCAGAAGGAGAAGGAGAAGGAGAAGAAGAGGGGGAAGAAGAAGAAGUAGAAGAAGUAGAAGAGGUUGAAGAAGAAGAGUCUGACGAAGAAGAAGAAGGAGAAGAAUCCGAAGACGAAGAAGAAGUAGAGGAGGAAGAAUCAAAGUCAGAUUCUGAUUCUUCCGAAAACGGUGAGGGAGAUGAAUCUUCUAAGAGAGAGAAAAUUAGAAAACUUCUCGAACCCUUGGCAAAAGACCAGAUAAUCGUUCUGCUAAAAGAGGCAGCUUCGAACGAUCCAUCUCUGCUUUCCCGGGUUACCCAAUUAGCCACCACGGAUCCGACUCAUCGAAAAAUCUUCAUCCACGGCCUAAGCUGGGAUACCACAGCGGAUACACUGCGCGCCUCUUUUAGCAGUUACGGAGAAAUUGAGGAAUGUAGACUCAUCACUGAUAAGGUCACUGGAAAGGCCAAAGGCUACGCGUUUGUGCUUUAUAAGACCAGGUCCUCCGCUAAGAAGGCGCUGAAACAGCCCCAGAAGAAGAUAGGAAGUCGUACAAUCUCGUGCCAGCUCGCAGCAUUAGGCUCAGUUGGCGGAUCUGAUGUAGGAAGCAGGAAAAUAUAUGUUGGCAACGUCGGUCCCAAUAUAAGUGCAGAGAAUAUCCGUUCUUUCUUCUCUAGAUAUGGUGAGAUCGAGGAAGGGCCAUCAGGGUUUGAUCCGUUGACCCAUAAACCCAGGGGGUUUGCAAUUUUUGUCUAUAAAACCGCAGAAGGUGCUAAGAAGGUGCUAGAGGAGCCAAUUAAAUUUUUUGAAGGUUGCCAGCUGAACUGCAAAAAGUUUGUAGAGUAUCCCAAUAACAAAAACAGCAAUAAUACUCCGGUUAUUCAACCAUUGCAGCAAACAGAUUAUGGGAUCGGCAUGAAGCAGGGGAUGUUCAUGGGACAAAGUCCCGGAAUGGGAUUGACAGCAAAUGCCCUUCUUGGGUUGGCCUCUCCUGCAAUAGGUGGUGCCUCCGUUGGAGGGAACUAUGGCUUAGGUACCUUAAGUCCUAGUGUGAUUGGAAAUUUUGGUCAGCAUAUGGGAAUGCAAGGAUUGGGGGCAUACCAAAAUUCUUCAAUGCUGCCUUCCUCCUCUGAAGGAACAUCCGUUGGGCCUGUGUCAUCGCAGCCUCCUAAUACCCAGACUUACUUCCCUUCAUACAUGGGCCGCUAGGAAAUAGAGCAAGGGGAGUCCUGUUACUUAGUGUCACAUUAUAACAUCUCACUUUCACAUGAAGGUGAUGCAUCCACACAAUCUCUUUUUCAAUAUAUGUAUUUCUCUAAAGCUUGUGCGCUGCGGAUGGCUGCUGCACCUUUGUAUAUUGGAAGAACUGGCUUGGCCUACCUAGUCUUUUUUUACUGGUAAUAGGAAGACAUUCUUAAUUUAUUUAAUUAUCCUACUUUUACCUGCAAACUCGUACGAAUACACGGUGACGGCUCUAAAUCAAGUGGUAAUCCGUAGAAGUUGUAGUGGUUAAUGACUUCUGAGAUAAUUAUUAGUUAUACUGAACCAAUAAAAUGCAUUGUGUGGGACGUUAUUUUGUUGGGAA